GACCUGGCAACCCGAUAAUGACUUCCUGCUUGAAAAAGUGAAACAAACUGCAGUGUGUAUUCAAAAAGUGUCAACAGUGUCCUGGGGACACUGUGAUUAUAUAUUGGACGAAACGAAAAGCGCUUCAACUUGUUACUAACGUUACUCUUUAGAAAACAAUGCAUAACUUUAUCGUUUUACUGAAACAAACUUAUUGACGUUUACACUAGCUCUUAGCUCGUUUCGUUCCCGCUUUGUUUAGAUUUCCCUGACAACUGAACGACGCCAUCAGUGGAGAUCGAGAUGACGAGCCUGCCACAGAUAUUCACUGCAGUGAUACUGCACCCGCCAAAUUCAGUUGCAAGCAAAAGCAAGACUACUAAACACAAAUCUGAAGACGCGUAUGGUGUUGCCAGCGGCUCGUUUCGAGAGGCUGAAGAUAUGUACAGGAGUACAAUUGUGCAAAUAACACGUGAUGGAAGUAGGAAUCUCAGACAAGAGGAGAGACCAGCUCAAAGUAACUCUUUAGUAGUUGAACAAGUUGAGGUUGAUGGCAUUGUUAUGGAUUACAUUGAAGAAAUUAAAUCCAAGGAACUUGACAUAAUUAAAAAAAGGAAUGCAGUUCUCAUGAAGCGAGAUGAUAGAUACGUGACCUUCAUAUCUCCGUCUGGUAAGCGCGUUCACGCUCAGUUUGCACGAGAACAGUUUAUAACAUUGUAUCAAAAGAUUGCAACGGGGCUGCAAACUAGGACAUACGAUUACAGUCGAGGACUUGUUGCGCGUUGCCAAGCAGAAUUUCCAGAACUCCAAAUCACUCGUAAAGAUGAAAGGCGAUUGCAACUGACUGGCAACUUCAUAAGCCUUGAAAGAUUUGACACAUUUCCCAAUGGCAGUACACGGACAUAUUCACACUACCAAACCCCAAAUAAAACAAAAGUCAAUGACACACCUUACACGCAACCUGUGAAACAACAGACAUCAAUAGACCAAGCCAAAGAUGAGACGUGUCCAAUUUGUUUGGAAACAAUCAAGAUAUCUGAAUCCACAGUCUUGCCUAAAUGUAAACACAGAUUUUGUAAAGACUGUUUGGAGAGAGCUUUCCAUGUGAAGCCAACUUGUCCGAUAUGUGGAGAGAUAUACGGCAGUCUUACAGGGACGCAACCAAAAGGAGGAACCAUGACUGUCUCAUCGGACAGAUCCUCUCUCCCUGGAUAUGAAAGAUAUGGUACAAUAAUAAUUAACUACCAUAUACCAAGUGGAUAUCAGGGGGAUGAACACCCAAACCCAGGCAUGCCGUACCAGGGUGUGUCCCGCAUAGCUUACCUCCCUGACUCAGCAGAGGGGAAUAAGGUACUGAAGCUUCUGCAGAGGGCAUUCGACCAGCGGCUCACUUUCACCAUCGGACGCUCAUCCACCACUGGACACAACAAUGUGGUGACCUGGAAUGACAUUCACCAUAAGACGUCUCGUUAUGGUGGGCCAACCUCUUAUGGUUACCCAGAUCCAGAUUACCUGAAACGAGUACAAGAUGAACUGAAAGCAAAAGGAGUCGACUAACAACCUUUUAAUCAGUUCAAACACUAUUAUUACAACCAGUAGUCAUUUUAAAACAGGGACAAGAAUAAAGUGAUAUUGUAGUCUUGUGGUCACUAA